UCCGUGCGACCCACAUCUCUUGUGUUUUUUAGUUAGUGGAAAGCAGCUUCCGGACGGUUGGAACAUCCAAAUUCAUCGCGAGGAGGCAAACACUCACCUGGAGGCUAACUGAGAGCAAAUAAAGAGAAAACGGGACAGUGAAGCAGCCGUUACUCAAGAUUGAAGAUGAAGCUGAAUUCCUUGGGUGUGCUAUGUCUGUUACUUCUUUUGUUUCAUACCCCUUUUUUACUGGCCAAGAAAGGAGGUGGAUUUGGGAAAAGCUUUAGCUCAAAGAAGUCCUCUCCGUCCAACCGAGGUACCACACAUGCAAAUACAGCCAAAAACCACGGCUCCACCUCUCAUAGUGGAUAUCCCAAACAAUAUGGACAAAACAACCAAGGAGGCCACCAAGGUGGGGCAGGGCAUCGAGGUUACCCUCAGCAGGGUGGAGGAGGCUCCACAUAUGGAAGAGGUCAUGGAAGCUAUAAAGGUUAUGGCAGUUAUGGAGGUCAUGGUGGGUAUGGUGGUUAUCCUGCUUAUGGAGGUUAUCCAGGUGGAUACAUCAACCAAAAUCCCAAGAACAAAAUCAUGAGCCCUCAGUAUGGUGGUAGUUUUGGUUAUGGGGGCUAUGGCACCAGGGGGGGCUCUCCAUUUUCCCAGUCAGUCCAUUCAAUGGGGUAUUAUCCCAGUUCCAAAUCCAAAGGGUUUGGGCGCAGUGCAGUUAUGGCAGCAGCUGGAGGGGCUGUGGCAGGAAUGGCCGUGGGCUAUGGGUUAGGAAGGUUCCCUCGCCCUCACUUCCAGUUCCACAACCCUCGGGAGGAGUAUUACUACAACCAGUACAUGUACAGGAAGUAUGGUACGAAGUCCUCUGACACCAAUGACUACAGCAGAGAUUAUUCGUACAACCCACCCCCUCAUACCUAUGAUAGCUACAUGGACUCCUGCAUGAAGAGAACAGAUCUUCUAUCUUCAACCAGUCAAAAACCAAAAUAUAAAGCCAGUUCCACAACCUCAGUUGAAACUAUACAGUCGGAUACAGUGGCUUCAGCAGCAGACAGUGACACCAGCAACAACACGACAAAAACUAACAGCAGCGCAGCAGAAAACCCAUCGACCUCUGCACAGUCGUCUUCCCGUCCGCCGAAUCAGCCAGGAGCCAGUCCUGUGCCUCCAGCCUCACCGACCAUUAACAGUGCUGAAGAUGAUGAUACAGUCAGCAUUAUGGAGAUUGGCUAUCCAGCAUUAAUCGAGCAGCUGAAAGUCAGGAGAUGUUUGGAGUUGUACAUGGUUUACUCCGAAAAAUACCUGAUGAAACAGACAGGAGGGGCGCAAGUACUGAAGAUGGGUUUCCAUGGGCAUUUAGCUGUAGUUUUCAGUACUGUACUGAUGCUGAUUAACAGCAACAUGCUAAUGUCGCUGCAUUAAGGCCUUAAUUUGUAGUGGAAGUGACAGAGAUUGUCCCAACAUAUAAAAAAUGAGUAAAUCGAUGGAAAACAACUAGGGAGAGAGGAAACAUUUACUAUUAACCUAAUUUAACAAGGUUCCCACAUAUUUUCACAUAGAAUUUCCAUUUCUUUCAAGAACCUAUUAGCUAAUUUUCAUAACCAUUUGGGCCAUGAACAGAGUAGUACUUUACUGUAUUUUUUAUUUAAUUUUUGUCUAGUUUUGUAUAUACUUGAUUUACUCCAAACAACACGCAGUGUCAUUCCAUAGUACACAAGAAAGGCUGGGACCGGCUAUCAGAGAAUAGUAGUAAACAUCUUUGCAAUGUUAAAAGGAAAUUUGCUUGCUGGUGUUUUCAGCUGAUUAAAUAUGUUAUUCGGUUUUACAGUUAAAGGCUGAACUAGUGCAGCUUAAAGUUUUGUAAACUGGGCAAAAAGGCUUAGCAGUGAGUCGAUAUUGAGCUUCAUGGACUAUUCACUGAAACAUACUGAUUUACAUGACAACCAUAAGAAAACAAAGAAAUAUUCCAGCAUCAUAGUUCAAACACCUAGCAGGUGUAAUCCAUGUACUAAUAUUCAGAGCUGGCCUUCGUUAGGUGAUGCUAACUGCUGCACAAAUGUAUGUUUCCAUGUUCCAACUUUAUUAACAGUUUUAUGUCGGACUCUUUACUGACAUAAAAAAACAGUGGACUUCAUGUCAGAACUCUGUAUUUGAGGAAAGGAGGGAACAAUCCAGCAAUUUUACAAACAGUAUUGUAUUAAGAAAUAAAAAUAAAAAUAGAAAUGAUCUCUACAUUGUACACUAAUACUUAACCAUACACCCGUAAAAUGAUCUGCUUAUUUUAUUGAAGUAGCUCAAGAAAUGAUAAGCGGCCCUGCUUAUUUCUGAAGGUAAUGUAGUGUGUGUUCUGGGGUAAACAAGUUUUAUUAUUUUUUAAUCUUUCAGUUUUUUGUUUGUUUUUUUCUCCUUGUUAAUCUUUUGUGGAAAGAUGACCUGGGUCUUUGACUUCUUAACCCAAAGAAGCGUUUGAGAGGGCUGACAUGCACCUGUUGGGCUGGUACAGCCGCAUCAUGGUUUGGUCGGUGUAAAUACGCUGUUUUUAAAUAAGAAACAUGCUUUAAGUGUGAUACAAUUUAAUCAUCUUUGAGGAGAGUUUAUUAAAUUAACAACAAGUAAUACACCUAACAAUCUGGCAUUCAGGAUGACAUUUGUCUUUUAUUCAGUUAAUCUGUCACUUAUCAGUGCUAUAGACAGAAACAGACAUUGUAAGCAUGAUUAAUUGUAACCGAUCAUAAUCACUCGUGUAUUAACAACUUAAGUGGACUACUAUCAUUAUGAAAACGUCAAACCACAGUAGCCAAUUAUCUGUUAUGAGCAUGCUUAUACUUAAAUGAUUUACUUUGGACUCAGUAGACUCGGUCCAAACGAAGACUACUUAUUUCCCAAACUUUUAAAAUAAUUUCUCCAUCUGUCUUAACUGUGCUUUGCUGACUAUGUUGUUUAUUUUCUGAUCUUUUUUCCUACUUGUCCUUCCUGCCAUACAGCGUCUUGCCUCUGUCUCCACUCUGGAAUGGUUUGUUAUUGAAGUGCUCUUAAACACCACAUAUGUACUAAUUUCUGAGCUGAGUUCGUCUCUACAUUAUCAUUUGUGUUUAUAUGCUGUGCAGUAUGUCAUUUAUGUUAUUUUUUUUGUCUUAGAAGUUGAUGGCACUCUCUGGAGUUUUUACUGGAAAUCUGCAAAUCAUUCAGAUUCAAAAUUUCUUAAUAAUGCACAUACGACUUACUCAGGAAAAUAUUUGACACGGUUGUUGUCCCAUUCAGGAUAAUCCAAAUAAGGUGUAGUGUGCAGUUAAAUGUUAUCCUCUAAUUACCAGAAACAAUAGCUGUGUAUUACAAUAAGUUGUUUUCUGUUCACAUUUAUAUGUUGUGCAUUUGGUGGGAACCUCCACAUGGAAACAAAUUUUCUGAACCCUCAUUACUGAUCAACUGUUUCCAUCUCUAAAGACACAAAAAAAAGCUUGUAAAUAUGGUUUGCUUUGCAGCGUGUACUUGAUGUUUAUUGGCUCAGCGACACUAUUUUCAGUUUGUAUUUUAAAAAAAGGACAUACUUACUGGCUGUCUAAAGUAAAGCAAAUUUUAAACUGCAGUUUUGCUGAUGGCUACUAUAAGCCAUGUCCACAACAACUCUGGCUCGAAUUGGUCACGAUUCACAAAGCAUCAACUUCUAUAAUUUGGUAUUAAGAUUACAGAUUUCACAUAAAAGUAAUUAUGCUGUCAUUAGCUGGGUUGAUUCACUGCAUUCAGCAUGCUAUUGAUUCUUUGUUCCACAACUAGAAAGAUGUAGAGAUUUGACCUCAAAGGAGGGAAGACAUCACUUUCUACUCUCAGCAAGUCAAAUGUUGAAUUCGAGGCUUCAAAAUGGCAGAAAAGAAAAUAAAUGGGGGAUGUUAUGGUGGCUCAUUGCACUUCUAAUACACAGGCUAUGUUUUAUUCUAGCACUUUGAGUUUAAACAUUUUAAUAACUACAUAGGAUAUAGUUUUUAUAACCUUUUACUACAAGAAAUCCAAGGAAAGCAAAGUAUUGAAACUAUUGACAAUGAAACACAGUCAUGUGAGCCCUGUCUGACUCUUCCUAAUGGUUUGUAAAAAGAAAGAAAGCAGAACUCCACAGUGUGCCUUCAAUUUGUCUGUACAUAGUCUGCAUUAUCUUGUCUUGAAUGUAUUUGUAAAUGCAUAUGUAUCGAUAAUCCUGCUUCAUGAACAGCUUAAUAAGUCAUUUGUGGCUUGCAUCAGGAAUAUUACCCACAGAAGGAAUUUAGACGUUUUACACCUCUGCUGAUUAGAGUUAUAAUAUUAACCAUGAACCUCUCAGCCUAAAUGUUACCUUCUGAUUUUAAAGGGUUAACAAAGUGUUUUUUCAGUCCAUCCAUUCCUAUACUUUGUCCACUAGAGGGCACUACUGAGGUAAAACAUCUUCCAGUGUAACAGGUUGUUUAAGCCAACGACCUACUGGCCUGUUUCUUAUAGGAAGACAUGUCCAUUGUGCUGAUGAUUGUUCUGUUGAGAACCUGAGAGCUUCUUGCACUUUUUACUCGUCUAAUAAAUUUAAUAACUUUA